AUGCGUUCAAGUUUGUUUCAUUUGUAUCGAGGAUACAUACACGUGCCUUGCAUCGCGAGGCCGGGAGCCGUCUUGGUCGUUUUUCAUGCGAACCCCUUUGUCCCUGAAAUCUGCCCAGUGUUGACGCUAGCGAUGUAUGCUGCUGUACUGGGAAUCGACGAUUCUAAGAUAUUCCCCGGUGGUAACCAAUACGAUCGAUUCUCAAAGAUUUUAAAGCGCGUCAUGCAGGAAGACGAGAUGAAGGUAUUGCUUGAAAAUGAAGGAUUGGUACCUUCAGAUAUUGGAACACAUUCUGCGCGAAAAGGUUCAGCGACCUUUGUUUGUUCGUGCUUAAAUGGGGGUCCCUCUGCUGCGGCUAUAUGUAUCAGAGCUGGUUGGAAGCUACCCGGUGUGCAGGACACCUACAUUCGUUACGAGUCUGCUGGCGAUCGCAUUGUUGGACGUUAUGUGACUGGCUUACCGUUU